AUGGCAAGUCCAAGAGAUAUCAUACUUGAGGUUGCUAAAAAGGGAGGAUUUCCCAUGCCACUCAAGGAACUGCAAAUCGAAGCGUUACUUUGUGUCAUUGAAAAACGUGACAUUAUGGCUAUACUCCCAACAGGUUAUGGUAAAAGCCUGAUUUACCAGCUGGCACCACUUAUCCUUAAAGAUUAUUAUAAUCUACAGAAGUCUGUUUGCAUCGUGUUGACACCUUUGAACAGUAUUAUGCAAGAUCAGAUCAUUGCACUGCAAAAGAUUGGAGUACAAGCCUGUUGUGUGGACUAUAACUGUCAGGGUGGUCAAGCAUUCUCACAGGACUCGGCCCAGUUCUCACAGGACUCGGCCCAGUUCUCACAGGACUCGGCCCAGUUCUCACAGGACUCGGCCCAGUUCUCACAGGACUCGGCUCAGUUCUCACAGGACUCGGCUCAGUUCUCACAGGACUCGGCUCAGUUCUCACAGGACUCGGCUCAGUUCUCACAGGACUCGGCUCAGUUCUCACAGGACUCGGCCCAGUUCUCACAGGACUCGGCUCAGUUCUCACAGGUCUCGGCUCAGUUCUCACAGGACUCGGCUCAGUUCUCACAGGACUCGGCUCAGUUCUCACAGGACUCGGCUCAGUUCUCACAGGACUCGGCUCAGUUCUCACAGGACUCGGCUCAGUUCUCACAGGACUCGGCCCAGUUCUCACAGGACUCGGCCCAGUUCUCACAGGACUCGGCCCAGUUCUCACAGGACUCGGCUCAGUUCUCACAGGACUCGGCUCAGUUCUCACAGGACUCGUUCUCACAGGACUCGGCUCAGUUCUCACAGGACUCGGCUCAGUUCUCACAGGACUCGGCCCAGUUCUCACAGGACUCGGCUCAGUUCUCACAGGACUCGGCCCAGUUCUCACAGGACUCGGCCCAGUUCUCACAGGACUCGGCUCAGUUCUCACAGGACUCGGCCCAGUUCUCACAGGACUCGGCCCAGUUCUCACAGGACUCGGCCCAGUUCUCACAGGACUCGGCCCAGUUCUCACAGGACUCGGCUCAGUUCUCACAGGACUCGGCCCAGUUCUCACAGGACUCGGCCCAGUUCUCACAGGACUCGGCCCAGUUCUCACAGGACUCGGCUCAGUUCUCACAGGACUCGGCUCAGUUCUCACAGGACUCGGCUCAAAUAACAAGUUUAAUCACUCCCGCUUGA